CAGACGCUGCCGCCCGAGCCGGUGAGAGAGGGGCCGCGUGGAAGCAUCCCCGCGCCCGCCGCAGCGCCCCAGCGGCCCCGGAGCAGCCCGUGCCGCGGCCAGCCGCCAUGUGAUGCCGGAGGCGCGCGGCGAUGCUAUGGACUGUGGGCAGCUGCCUCCGGACGCGCUCCGGCAGGUGACCAUCCAGCGCCACCCGCUCUACGGAUUCGGCUUCGUGGCCGGCAGCGAGAAGCCCGUGGUGGUGCGCUCGGUGACGGCAGGCGGCCCCUCCGACGAGAAGCUCCUGGCCGGAGACCAGAUCUUGGCCAUCAACGACGAGGACGUGAGCGAAGCCCCCCGGGAGCGGUUCAUCGAGCUCGUCAGGAACGCCAGGGAUUUCGUCGUCCUCACCGUCCUGCACACCCACCAGUCCCCCAAAUCUGCUUUCAUCAGCGCAGCCAAGAAGGCGAAACUGCGGUCCAACCCGGCGAAGGUCCGGUUUUCCGAGCAGGUCACGGUCGGCGAGACGGACCCAGACAUGCUGAAGAAGGAGGCUCUGCUCCUCAUUCCCAACGUGCUGAAGGUUUUCCUGGAGAACGGGCAGAUCAAGUCCUUCACGUUCGAUGGCCGAACCACCGUGAAGGACGUGAUGGUGACGCUGCAGGACCGCCUGUCCCUGAGACACGUCGAGCACUUCGCCCUGGUGCUGGAGUACGGCAGCCCCGAGCAGAGCCGCCGGUUCCUGCUGCUCCAGGACAAGCAGCCCCUGGCCCACGUCGUGCAGAGGACGCACUACCAGGGCAUGAGGUGCCUCUUCCGCGUGAGCUUCUUCCCCAAAGACCCCGUGGAGCUGCUGCGCCGGGACCCCGCGGCGUUCGAGUACCUCUACAUCCAGAGCCGCAACGACGUGAUCCGGGAGCGCUUCGGGGUGGAGCCCAAGCCGGAGAUGCUGCUGGGGCUGGCCGCCCUCCACAUCUACAUCACCGUCUCGGCCACCCGGCCCAGCCAGAAGGUCUCCCUCAAGAACGUGGAGAAGGAGUGGGGCCUGGAGCCCUUCCUGCCGCCCUCGCUGCUGCAGCUGGCCAAGGAGAAGACCCUGCGCAAGGCGCUCUCGCAGCGGCUGAAAGCCCUCCAGAGCCAGCCGCCCGGCAGCCCCAAGGUCUCGGCGGUGCAAGCCAAGCUGCAGUACCUGAGGAUCCUGAACGAGCUGCCCACCUUCGCCGGCGUCCUCUUCAACACCGUGGGGCUGGACGAGAAGCAGCCGGCCACCACGCUGCUGGUGGGCCCCCGGCACGGCAUCAGCCACGUCAUCGACCUGAAGACCAACCUCACCACGGUGCUGUCGGAGUUCAGCAAGGUCAGCAAGAUCCAGCUCUUCCGGGAGAACCAGGGGGUGGCCCGCGUGGAGACGAGCAUCCUGGAUGCCAAGCCGCUGGUGCUGCUGAUGGAGUGGCCUGAAGCCACCAACUUUGCCUGCCUGAUCGCGGGGUACUGCCGUCUCCUGGUGGACUCCAAGAAGAUGAUCUUCUCCAGGCCGCCCAGCCAGCCGCCGCCUCCUCAGAUUAUCAAGGCAGAUUACAUCAACGCGCACAGUCUGCACCGGCCCGCGGCAGCCGGGCCCGCGGGGAAGAAGGAGAGCGGGCUCGUGGGCGGCACCGCCUCCAGCCCCGGCGAAGCCAGGGCUCGGACCGCCAGGGCCUCGGACUCGGAGCUCCUCAGCUUUUGUUACCUGCACAUGCGGGAGCAGAGGAAGGAGAGAGAGAGCAGGACAGAUAUCAAUGAAAACCUGAUCUUUUUUGAGGAAACUCGUCCCAGGACCAAAUCUGACCCCACUUCCAAAAGCUCUGGCCAAGGCUAUGAUGGUGUCGCAAACGAGUACGACCCGGAUGGCCUUGACCGAGACCGCCGUGCAAGUAGGGCCAGGGCCCACACCAUCGACACCCACCUGAGGAGCGAUGCCUCGCAAUUCUACUGUGAUUCCUGCAAAGCCAAAAUCAAGAGCCGGCUGGCCUCGCGCAAGGGCGGCAAGCCUGGCAGCGCCCACGACACCGUGGUGGACUUGAUGUCGCUCCCCCCUCCUGGGAGUGACGAAGAGGAAGAUGAGACGACGUCCCUGCUCCCUGCCAUCGCUGCCCCCCCGCCCGGCUUCCGGGACAACAGCUCGGACGAGGACGAUCCCAAGCGCCGGGCGGCUGCCCAGAGCCAGGAGCAGGGCCGGCACCUCUGCGGCCUCCUGUACGAUGAGAUCCCCGUGACGCUGAUAGACAGCGUGCAGACGCGGACGGUGCGAGACCAUGCCCAGGAGCUGGAUGACGCCCUGGUGUCCACCCUGCAGGCUCUGGAAGCCCUGGCUGCUUCAGAGGACUGUCCGCAUCCCCCGCCGCAGCAGACAGCAGGUCUUAUUGUCCUGGCUGCCAUCACUCCCGAGUCAUCUCUGGAUUCUGGCCACGAAACCAACUCUUCGGAGCUGACCGAUGUCUCAGAGAUGGUCUCUGCUAUGAAGCAGCAUCAGAACGCAGCCUACUUCCUCGCGCAGCACAUCAGCAAAGAAAACCUCCUGGCGAGAAAGGACUUGCCCUUCCGAAUCCAGAGCUGUGCUGCCCCGGCUGUUCUCGCCUCGCCCUACGCCCUCAGCCCCCAGGAGCCCAGCCCUUCGCUGAAGCCGGAUUUCCCUCACCAAAGCCCCAGUCUUACCAACUGCAAGAGCAAGCAGGAGCAGCAGCACGCUGAGCGGAGCUACGCCUUGGCUGCGCAGCCGGUGCUGUCCCCCCAGCUCGGUGAGCAGGACAGGGCGGCUCCCGUGCCACCCUCUGAGUGCAGAGGUGCCGGCCACGCAAAACCUGCCUUUGAAGUGUCCCUGCACACCGCAGCAGCCUUGAGCGGGGAGCGGGCACAGGAUUUACGAGAGACGAUGCCCAAAGAGCUCCGGCCGAGCCCCAAGCUCCUCUUGGAUCAGAAGAGUGGUGUGACCCCAGCCUUGAUUACAGCUGCUCUGCAGCAAGUGGCAAAUGCGAAAGGCUCGGCCUCCCAAGUGGCAGCAGCUCCAAAAGAAGAGAAGAACAUCAAUGGGACCGGCAGCUUUGCAUCAUCCAGCAGCAAGGCUUUGAAACUUAAAGGAGGUCAGCAAAGCGAAGACACGUUCUGCAACUGUCAGCAGCAGCAGCAGCUCUCUCAGCAGCAGCACAGUGAAGUUGCUGCAAGUCCUAAAGAAGCUCCUGGCAGCAGGCCUGAAGCGUCCCACUUUGCCUCCGCAGGUGAGGAAAUGAUGCUUAGUAAGACUUUUCCCUCUAGAAGCUACCAGCAAAAAGUGAGCAGAGAUGCCCUAGGAAAAGCUCCGAGCGCAGAGCCAGGUCAGAAGGCGGAGGGGGAAGCUACAAGCCUUGUCUUUCAGAGGCACACGGCUCCUUCAAACCUAGGAGAGAAAAUGCAACAGGAAAGCUCAGCCAAAAGUUUAAAAGUCGAGAGCGGCAGUCUGCACUCUCCAUCACCUGGCAGCACUUUCAGGAGCACCAGUGAGGAUCCCAAAGGGCCAAUCCAGCUGGUGCCCAGGCCUGAGAGCCUGCAGAUCAGCACCGUGCCUUCCAAAAAAGUAGAAAAAGUCCUGGAGGUGACCCAGCAAGAUGCCGAUGUCCCAGCUAAACCCAAAGCUCCCAAGGCUCCCUUCAGGUUGAGGAACCUAUUCUCUGCAACGUUUCCCACCCGGCUGAAGAAGGAGACUGACGAGCGGCAGGCCCAGCUGCAGAAGGUGAAGCAGUAUGAGCUGGAGUUCCUUGAAGAGCUGCUCAAGCCGAAGGGCAAAGGCGACCUCCCGCCGCAGGAGUAUCUGCAUCCUCCCGCCCCUGGGCGCUGCAGCUGCCAGCUGAGGAGCAGUCCUGUGCAGAAAGUGCCGGGUAUGUCGAGGGAGCAGAGACGCAGCUGUGACUGCAAGCGGAUCUGCAGGGGGGUGAGGCCACCCCCUAACCAGCUGGUGAUGGCGGAACUGGAGAGGCGAGGGAGGGAGAAAGCUGCUGAUGACCAGCAGCAGGCAGAAGCGAUUAGGCUGACGAGCGUGAGCAGCCCUUCCAAGGGCAAGCGGAUACGAUCUACCAGUUUAGAGUCCAGAGAUUACCGGUCAGAUCCGGAGAACAGCGUGUCAUGUUUGACCACGUGCACUUCCCGGGGGGAAUGCAUGGGUGCUCCACACUACAAGAAGCUCAUGCGUCGCUACAGUGUCAGUGAAAUAGAUAAGACUGAUAGGACAUCCCUCUCCUCCGACAUCUACCAGAACAUCUAUACCAUAAAGCAGAAGGGCCUCCAGAAGGAGCCUGAGCCCAGCACCCAUGGCUCUGUUCUGAAAAGCAAAAUCCAGGAAGCCUCUGGAGUGGCUGAUCCAUCUUAUGUCCAAAUAGCACAGGAGAAAAAGAACCAGAAAGGUUCGGGAGUAUUCUCUGUCCAGGAGGAGAUGUAUCCAAGUCCUGCCGAGCUGCGAGAUGAAGAUAUGGAGGAUGAGAAGUGUUGCUCCAUCCGGUACUGCUUCUACUACAGGAAAUGUGAUGUUGCGGAUGAUGGGAGCGAGAAGGAUGAGCUGUCCUACUCCAUCCCCAUGCAGAUACUCCCAGGAAUGAAGCUGGACAAUCAGGUGGUCCCCGUCAUGAGCAGGACCCUUCAGGUUCUAGAUGCGACAGCCUGCAGCAGUCCCAACGGUAGUCAAACCCAGGAGAUAGAUUUAAGGACCUCCACGUUUGAGGGGAGCCUGGCAAAAAUCAACACCCUUCGAGGCCACGCCUACAGCUUGCCGGAUGGGUUUCUGCAAGUGCAGCUGGACACCAACGAGCUCCUGACCAUCCUGCGGCAGUGUGUGGUGAGCCCCGAGGUCCGGGACUGCAAACCCUACAUCUCCCAGCUGGCCGAGUACAAGCAGGAGCUGGCCCUCAAGUUCAAGGAGUUCCGGGCGUCCUGCCGCCGCGUGGCAGCUGUCGACAAGAGUCCUACCCACAUGCUCUCCGCCAUCACGAGCAGCUUCCAGGUGCUAAGCAGCCUCAUCGAGACGUUCGUGCGGCUGGUGUACAUCGUGCGCUCCGAGUCCCAGCGCCAAGAGCUGCUGACCAAGGUGGAGGAGGUGGUGAGAAACUACACCUUCCUCCUGCGCGCAGCGGAGGAGUCCACGGCCAGGACGCUGAGCCAUCAGCAAGCGGUGGAGCAGCUCGCUCGGCAGUCGGCCACGGUCGCCACCGUCAUGAGCACGCUCACGCGCUCCCUGAAGACGCUGAUCAAUAAGUAAGCCAGCUACGAAGACCGACGAGCCAGCGUGUGCCAGGCCGUGUGUCGGUGGUUCUCACGUCCCGUAGGUCUGGUGAGGAUGAGUGUCUGGAAAGCCCACAUCUGCUGGGGUUUCCAGUGGCCAAGACGUUCUUUUAUUUCUCCGCAGGAUGAAUGGUUAUGUUGGUGGAGCUUUUGAAGGGUAAAUCCAGGCCCCGUAGCGAGCUGUCCCACCGGCUCGUCCGGGGGCCCUGCUCUGCUUGCUCUCCCAUGCUGGCUUCUCGGUGACCUUACUCGGGAGGCACGGCCACCCCGUCUCCACGCUGGUUUGGUGUCGUGCGGUUCUGGGCCUCCCUCAUGCCAAGACCUGACACUGUCUCCCGCUGUCCCGGUGUGCCGGGCCGGUGGGUUAGCAGGAACCGAGCUGACAUCUCCUGGCUUCACUCGGGCAGGGGUCUAGCCCGGAGCCAAACCGGUGUCUUGCCACGUAAACAGCUCUUCUGCCUCCAGGGUCUCCCCGGCCCGCAGAUGCAACGCAGUUCGCAGCAGAGGGGAUCUCUGGGGCGAGGAGGUAGUCCGCGCCUGGGGAGGAGGAUGCCGUGGUCCAGACAGACCCCCAGCAGGCUCUGUUGUCCCCGAUGACAGGCACCGACUUGUGCGAAAGGUGACAGCUUAACGCGUGCGAGCAGGGAGCCCUCCUCUUCCUCUGCUGGAGGCCGUAUCCCCGUUAGAGCCCGCAGGGACCCGACUGCUCUGUGCCACUGCAAGCCACAAGCUGGGCUAGCGGCUAAGAGGAGACCCCGUCCCCAGAGGCAGGUCCGUGCCCCAGAGGCUCAGCCCAAACCCCUCCGGGUCCCUUUCGCAGUGCCCGUCGCAGGGAGCCCAGCGCGGUUUUGUGUGAACCACGGCUGCCGUCUCCCGGAGGAGCUGCCCUCGGGGCGAGGGGCUGCGGUCCUCCUCCUGCCUCUGCUGGACUGACUGCCUUGAGAAGUGUUAUUUAGUACUGCGUGAUGGAUGGUUAUUUGGAUUUUUUUUUUUUUUUUUUUUACUUUCAGAUGAAUGGUAAAAUGAGUCCUAAUUGUUUUUUCUUCAUACCCGGAGGUUCCCCUCCUCCUCCUCCUCCUCCUCCCAUCUAGCUUCUAGACCUAGUGAAUCAGACCGCCUUAACUGGUGCUUCAGGGCACCUACCCACCUCCAAAACAGAGCGAGGAGAAAAUGCAAGGUUACGCGUUCAGCCCUUCCUGUGCCGCUCACUGCGCUUCAUCCGCGCCCGGGGAGAGCAGGUCCCGCGGGGACCCCCGCGUCGCUCCCCGGUGCAUCCCGAGCCCAGAGGGAGAUCACGGCAUCCACCUCGUGGGGCCGGACAUCGGAAAGGAGAAGGGUUGUCACGCUCGGCUGGCUUGCCCCGUCGCUGGCCGAGCGCGUGGAGCUGAGCAGGGAUCUCCGUACGCUCGGUCACCUCCCAUCUCUUAUUUUUUAUAGAAUACGCACAUUUGAAAUCUCUCGUUCUUCCAUAGGAGUUAUGGAAAUGCACAAUGUGCUUUUAACAUGCGCAUCCUCUACUGAGUGCAAUAACAUCCCCCGGCCCGUGGCUGUCCCGGACUUGGCCAUUGCUCAGCGAGGCAGAGGACCUUGCUGUGCGGCCAGAGCACCUCUUGCCUCCUGCUCUCGAGAACCAUGUAGCAAAUCUAGCGUGGAAGAGCCAGUUCGGAUUUCAGUCCGCGGUGGGCGAAGCCUGUUACGAUGCUGAAGGCCGACAGGGAGCUGUGUUUUUCUUUUCCCGUGAGUUAUCUAUUAAGAAACUAUGAGUUUCCUUGAGCUCCCCAUUAUGCCUCUAUCAUUCCUCCAUAAAUCUCUCAGUCUAAUACAGAGGAAAAUUUUUUUAUUGUCUGUAUAUAGUAUAUAUAAAUAAAAAUAUAUAAAUUAUAUAUAUACACAAAUUUAUGUCUUGUUUUACAAACAAGAAAGAUUAAAUAUAUUAAUCUUAAUAUCCAAA